CAAGGUCGGUGGUGUGUGUUAUCGAGGUAUAAAUAUUAAGGUAUCAUGGGGUUUUCAUGUGCACAAAUCAUUGUUGUCUUAGUAGCUGCAGCAUUUACGGUGUAUUACAGUGGCCAGGCUCCAGAAAUAAUGAAGAAGGUGAGUGAACUUGUAACUGGCAAGAAAGGUUGUCUGCCUGUUGGCGAUAUAGACUUUGUUACAAUUCACUAUUUUAAUGGUAGAGGGCGUGGUGAGGUUAUUCGAAUGAUGUUGGAAGAAGCCCAGAUACCUUAUAACGAAACAAACUUCACAAAAGAUACUUGGCCAGAAGCGAAGAAAAAAGGCGUUGAGAGUGGAAUGUAUACUUUUGGACAGGUUCCGGCAAUCACAACCUCAGGUGGUCUGAGUUUGGUUCAAAGCCAGACUAUUGCGCAAUACAUUGGAAGGGCCACUGGGAUGCAGUGUGAUUGUGAAUCACUGCACUAUUGUGAUAUCUUGGCCAGAGGUGCAGAGGAUUUUCGCAGUAAGUUGUCCAAGAUUUUGUAUGACAGUUCCUUCUCUGUGGACAUGAGGAAUGAUUAUAUCUUGAACACUGCGCCGAUGUGGUUGGGCUACUUCGAAAAGAUUGCUCCAUCACUCCAUCAGCAGGAAAGUUCUCCUUAUUUUGUUGAUGGCCGUCUGACCUGGGUAGAUUUUAUCAUCUUUGAUCUUCUGGAUUCAAAUGUGGAGUUUGCUACCUAUGAUAUGGGAGAGCCAUUGAUAAGUGUCCUUGAUAGCUAUACCAAGCUGAACACAUUCUAUCAGAAGUUCAAGGCUAUGCCUAGAGUCGCAGCGUACCUGAAAAGUCCUCGUAGGAGGCCUUACAAGAUACCAAAUGUACCAACACCUCGUGCUAAGCUAGUACAACCUAAGUGAUGAAGCAAAUCUUACUGGAAAUUGAUAAAGAGAUGAAUUUUAAUGUUGUUUCAAUUUAUAUUUACUAUUUUCCAUUGUUAUUUUUAAAAAACAUCUUGAUCCAAUGAUAUUUUUAAUUAAUUUUCUGACUGAUACAUACAUUCAUUGAUUAGUAGGUUCAUUGAUAAUUUAAUUGAUUAAUUUGUGACUGUUUUUAUUCAUCCCCUAUAUAUUUAUGAAUACUAUCUAAUAAAUUUGAUUUAUUAUUAGGUCGAUUAAUAAUUUAAUUUAUUUGGUUAGUUAAAUUUAUUAAAUUUUUUGAAUAGUGUCUCCUUUAUUUUCAUUUUAAACUCAAAGAGAGUAAUGUUCUAUAGUGAACUGUUCAAUUGAGCUAUACAAAUGUAAAAUUAACACAAUAUCUAUAUUUUAAAAUAUCAAACUACCAGUACUGUAUGUGUAAAAAAACAUUCCAAGUGUACUUUAACAAUAAAUUAUCACUGGUAAGAGUUAACAUAA